UUCAGUAGCAGUUAUAAUUAUUGUCAAACAGAAUAUUUUAAAAUUGAUUAUUGCAAUACUUCACUUUAAUACUACAUCAACUAUGCAUGUCGAAUUAGCCUAUAUGUGGAGUUCAUCAAUUUUUUUUUGUAUUCUGCGUCUUGGCUUUCAAGCUGUCUGAAAAUGAUUGUAUUUUGGCGAUGUGUUUAGGAGAGGCUUUUCCAGUGAGAAGUCUCUCAAUUCUUGUCCACAAAUCUUGCUGCUAGUCCCUGAAUACAGUGGCGCUUCAGCCUAGUGAAUUUAAGGCUGCCAGGAUCCUGAAGUUGAAAAUUCUUGAUGCUGGUAUAAGGAUUCCAAGAGGCAUACUUCAAGGUAAUACAGUAGACAUGGGAAAUUAUUACGAAUGCCUAGAAAUACAUGAAAAUAUGGAAUAUAGUAACGUGUCGAUAGAUGGAAAGUAUUGUGUUGUAGGAGCUAUGAUCAAAAACACAAGAUUUGAAGCAAAUACUGACAACCAAUGGCCUAUCGAUCAUAAUGAUUUAAGAUUGAAUGAUAAUAUUACACAGAUUCUUAAAGACUAUGAGAUGAAACAUUCAAGACUUAAAAAAAUUUUUGGUACAAACGUUGAUAAAAGUACUGAACAUGUGGUUGAUAAUGUGGUUUUUAAAUUGGCAAUAUGCAUACCUAAAGUAUGCACAACGCGCGAGGCAGUUGAAGGACUUUUCAUCAAUCUUACUACAGUUGGGUUUGAUUUUAAAGAUGAUUUUUGUCGUUUACCCAAUGACAAGCCAUGGAUUCCCGGAGAUUACGUAGCAAUAUCUAUAUUAUCACUCAUUGGAUUCCUAGUGAUAAUGGGAACAGUAUAUGAUAUAUGGUACCUCAAAAAGACAAAAAAGCCAGAAUCUAUAAACAACGCAAUUCUAUCAUUCUCUUUGCUUAAAAAUUUAAGAGAUUUGUUUACAAUAUCAAAGAGGUCUGGGACACUGGACUGUUUGGAUGGCUUACGCGCAUUGUCUAUGUUGUGGGUAGUAAUUGGACAUUCCUUCUCUUCACAAACCCAAAUUGUGAAUGGGAUAGACGCAUUUCAGUGGCUGAAAUCAAUGAAAUCGUUAUGGGUAAUUGCUGCGCCAAUUGCAGUGGAUACAUUUUUCACGAUAAGUGGUCUACUGCUGGUAUAUGUAGCUACGAAAAAGAUGACGAGCAUGGGAUUAAUUAAAUCUCUUCAUUUGUUUUAUCUUCACCGAGUACUGCGGAUGUUUCCAGUGUUGGCUUUUGUUGUGUUAAUGGAGGCAACACUUUUUAACCAUAUUUCUGAUGGUCCUUUUUGGGAGAGAGUUGCUAAAAAUAGCGAGAAUUGUAAGCGACAAUGGUGGUUAGCUCUGUUGCAUUUCCAAAAUUAUGGAAACUUAGAUAAUAUGUGUAUUGCUGUUUCUUGGUAUCUAAGCAUCGAUGUACAGCUUCAUUUACUAUCGCCAUUGGUACUCUUUUGGGUGCUAAAUGGAAAACGACUAUUGGGAUGGGGUGCCUUGAUAAUUGCAACACUUCUAACAAUGACUGCAGCAACAAUUUAUAACUUUGAACAAAAUUUCAGCUCUACAAUGCUGAGCCAAAGAAAUCUGAAUGACCAUUUGCUGAACUAUAUGGAAUACUAUUAUGUGAAUACUUUGACUCGAGCUUCGCCAUUUUUGGUCGGAAUGAUUUAUGGAUAUAUGCUUCAUUUGCUAAGAAAUAAAAAGCUUAACAUAUCCCAGAUCACUAAUUUGAUUUUAUGGAUAUUAGCUUUAGCGCUCAUGCUUCUGAUAAUAUACAUUCCACAUCCAACUAUGCAAGAGGACUGGGAAUAUCAAAACUUGGAUAACAUUAUAAACUCCUUUAUGAGACCAGCCUGGGCGAUAGCAUUAGGUUGGCUUAUUACUGCAUGUGCUCAUGGAUAUGGUGGUCCAAUAAACACCUUUCUUUCACUGAACUUCUGGAAAAUCCCCGCACGGGUGUCUUACGCGCUGUAUUUGAUUCAUUAUUCUCUUAUGGCUAUAAUAAAUUCAAGCAAAGUAGCUCCUACAUAUUUUUCAGUUGGAAAUAUUGUUUUUCACUUCUGUGCGUAUUUAUUCAUAUCUCUCCUGAUUGCAAUCCUAAUUACAGUGCUUAUCGAUUUUCCAAUUGCUAAUUUAUUGAAACUCAUCUUAUCAAAAGGUAUAAGGAAAACUGAAAAUAAUAAAUAAAAAAAAUACACCAGUAGGAAUUUUCAUAGAAAUUAUGUUAAGCGGUUAAAUUUGCCCAAUGUAACCUGGAUCUUAACGGACUGGUAAUGGACAACGUCUAGAUCGCCAACAAGACUAGCCUUUUACACAUGGUCGAAUUUAGGACGGUCCGGUGGGCGCCUCGCACCAAUAAUAAUAAAAUAUAUUUUCUUAAAAUUUUGUUUAAUAGUCAUUAUUUAAAUUUAUUAUUGUGAAUUUAAACUACGGUAAUAUUCACAAAUACUAGUCUUUGUUAGUCUACAAUAAAAGGGAUGGAACAA